AUGCCUCCCAAAGGUGGUCGAGUGAUGAAGCAGGUGCAGGCGGCAACGCGUCGGAGCAACCGCAACAAGAGCCUGGCUGUGCGGCUGCAAAAGCAGCAGGGCGACGAUGUCGAAGGACAGCAGCGACAGAAGGAGGAAGGCGAGUUGGUGGACGAAGGUGAGGAGCCACAGGACACGAUUCGCGACGAAAAGAAUCGAGAUGCCAUUGCGAAGCUGUCGAACGUGCCCCUGUCUGAGGAGCAACAGAAGCUGCGGGAUCACGUGCUGCAGUUCUGCCGCGACAGCCUGCGGUCGUACACAAAGACACAGCGACCGUCAGUGUUUGUGAUCCAGGGCGAUGCUGGGACGGGAAAGAGUGUGGUGCUCAACGCGCUCUUCAACGAGCUGCAGCGACAAGCUCGCGAGACGGGAGAAGGAGAGAAGGAGAAGGAGGAAAAAACGACAACGACCAAGGCGACCAAGGCCAAAGACGGCAGCACGCUGGUCGGGACGGAAAACUAUCUGGUAGUCAACCACCCGGAAAUGUUGAAGCUGUACCACCGCAUCUCAGCGCAGUUCCCCUUCAUCCGCAAGACCGACCUGGAGCGGCCGACAUCGCUGAUCAACCGGCUGCAGAAGGAACGGCCGCGUGGACGCAGUGCAGCCGAUGCGGCAGCCGAUGUGAUUCUCGUGGACGAGGCGCAUCUGCUGCUGUCGAAGAAGAACGCGUACAAGCGGUUCUUUGGCGACAACCAGCUGGAGGAGCUGCUGAAGCUGGGCAAGGUGCUGGUGAUUGUGUUUGACGGCAAGCAGUCGCUGCGCUUCGACGCCUUCUGGGAUGACGCCAAGCUGGAAGACUUUCUCGGGGGAUUGGCUGGGGGAACUGCUCUGACGGUUGAGCGCCAUCAGCUGGGUGAGCAGUUCCGUGUGGCUGCCGCGCCCGACAUGCAGCGCUGGAUCCAGGCGCUGUCAGUUGAGCGCACGGUGCUGCCGCGGCCACGCAUCGACGCUGAUCGACGAGCGGCCGGUGAUCUCGAUGCGUUCGACUUCCGCAUCUACGACGAUGCGGGCGAGCUGUACCGCGCCCUGAUGCAGCGCAACGAAGAGCAGGGCGGUGGCUGUCGGCUGCUCUCGACGUACGACUGGCCCUAUCGCCUGCCCAAGCCCGGACAGGGUGGUGCUGCCCAGAAGGUCUGGCAUGUCGACUGUGGCAGCUUUCGCAUUCCCUGGGACAAGUACCUGCCGCAGAUCCGCGAGCCCUGGUCCGAGCAGCCCGACAGCUAUCGCUACUGCGGCAGCGUCUACACCAUCCAGGGCUUUGAUCUGACCUAUGCUGGUGUCAUCCUCGGCCCCAGCGUCGGCUACGAUGUUCAGACCGACCGAAUCGUCAUUCACACCGACCGCUACGAGGACCAUGCCGCCUUUAUGGGCCGCAAGAACGACGAGUCCGCCCUGGCUGACAAGGAGCGCAUCGUCCUCAACUCCGUCAACGUCCUGCUCACCCGCGGCGUCCGCGGCUUGUACGUCUACGCUUUCGACCCCGCCCUGCGGAAGCGUCUGCUCGCCUGCUGA